AUGGACUCCAGCUCAAGUACCAGACCCUCGCCUCGACCAGCCGAAGGAUCUGCUCAUCGUCGACGACCGUCUCUCACUCUCUCACCACAUCUUGCUGCUUCUCAUCCAGUACCAGUGCCCUCACGUCAUGGCACAAUCUCAAACAGAUCGCCUAGAUCAGCACACGAGACGCUCUCCACCUCGUUCUCGCUGAAAAGACGGUCCAAAGGGUCAUUCAGCUCUCUCAGUCUGAGCGGGUCGCUAUCGCUCGGAUCCGCUCUGCUAUCUUCAUCAGCUGACGUAUUUGGGGAGGAUGAUGAGGAUCAUAUCGAUGUGGAUGCUGGCGACUGGUUGAACGCCUCUGCUUCAGAGAUAUCAUUCGCUGAAGGAGAGAAGGUGGUGAGAAUUGCAGGAGCUACACGGGUUGAAGAGGCAGUCACAUAUGCCGACCUUAACACUUUCCUUCUCCUUGUACUCAAUGCGAAACCGCUCGGCGAAGGAUACUCUCAUGGCAGCGAUGGCGAGUGCAAAGAAAUUGUUGACAGGAUACAUCAAGGGGAAAGAAUUGUCGUAGGAGACUUGUGCAAUAUCUCAGGAAAGAAUCCAUAUUACUUGGUAAAUGCGAAUGCCCCAUUGCGCACGUUCGUACAGCUUUACAGCAGAGGGGUUCAUAGGGUAGCUAUGAGCGGAGGUCACGUUAUAUCGCAUGAGACGGUUCUACGCUACUUGCUUGGUUUGGAUAAACCCCCUUCGAUCCUCGAAGCUCCGAUCGGAUCUAGACAAUUACGCCUCAACCUACAUCCCUUGAUAUCAAUUCCGACAUCUUCUUCCGUUCUCGGUGCCAUGCAGGUCAUGUGUCAACACGGUCUUCGUGUGUUAGGUGUACUUGACGAAACGAGAAGGACUGCCUUGACUAACGAAUCUUCGCCAUUGCUAGCGCCAGCAGACGAGGGCAAAGGCGGAUUGAUAAGCAUUGUGAGAGUGAUGGAUUGCGCCAGGAUUGUAGUUCCUAGUGAAGGGAAACAAGCUUUGACUUUGAGUUUGGCAGACUUGAUCAAGCUCGUUGAGAGCGAAGAAGCAGCAGGAAAAGAGAGAGGGGAAGAACGCAUGCCGAGUGAGUGCAGAUUCCAGCUUUACCAUGCUGAUCCACCAGUCCAUACCUUACCUCCCACAACCACCCUGAUCUAUGCUUGUCAUCUCAUCCUGGCCACCUCUUCGUCGAGAGUUUUCGUUCGUACCGAUUCCGCCCCGUCUCCUCUCCUCUCGCCUACGACCGAGCCACCAAUACUGCCAAUGUCCCCGGCUCAACUAUCUCCUCACUGUGUAUUAUCAAUUGUGGAUGUGUUCAGAUGUCUUGUAGCGGUUUACACGUAA